CUAGUUUGGAGUUUUAGGUCUCGAGGCUUGUACUUUAUAUAGUUAAAUUGUUUUAGCUUAAAUUUUGCGAUCCAUAAUGUCUGAUGAGAGGGACUUAAGUUUUAUCUCAGACGUUAAUUUUGAGUGGAUACAAUCUUACAGUCACAUUACUGUUACAUUUUUCUGUUCAGAUUUAAAAAAGGAAGAUAUCAACCUUAAAUAUGGGGAUGGCAGUUACUUACAAUUAGAAUUUCUAAGUAAAAAUCAAAAGGUGUUACUUCGUUUGUUCGAUUUUGUUGUGCCUGAAGCUUCAACCUUUCGGAUCUGCAAGUCAACUAUUGAAGUUAAACUAAGGAAACAAACGGAGUAUUAUUGGCCUCGUUUAAUUAAAGAAGGCAACAAGAUUUCUCCAACAGAGUUACGUAAAAUAGUUUCUUCUAAGGAUGAAAAUAGUAGUAAAAAUAGCGAAGCGCUAAAAAAAAAGAAGGAUUGGAAUAAAAUUGACUGGGAAAUUAAGAAAGCAGAGGAGGAAAGCAAGGAAGAAGGUGAAGGAGCUCUAGAAAAACUUUUUAAAAAAAUCUAUGCUAAUGCUGACGACGAUACAAGGCGUGCUAUGAACAAAUCUUUUUCUGAAAGUAGAGGCACUGUACUUAGUACUAAUUGGGCCGAAGUAGGCUCUAAAAAAGUCAAUGUUGAACUUCCCGGUGGUUUAGAAGAAAAUCAUCACUAAAGAAUAAAGGAUUAUCUUUCUUUUAUUAUGAGUACCGCCUGGUAGACUGAAGUAAAAUUCUACUACUAGUCC